AUGCACUUGGAAGUGUGUUUUUGCUCACGUGUGUCAGUUGUCUGUUCAUGCAGCACCUUUGCCAACGAGUCUCCGCCCAUUCUCGGCUUCCAUCCGUUUUCCUCCUCCCAUUAUCUGUUCCUGUUUAUCACGACUCCAUUUGAAGCCGAGCUCCUCUCGUUUCCUCCAAUUCAAAUCAAACUCUGUCGAAAAGAGAAAGGGAUUCGAACGUUUUUCUUUUUCCAGGAUUUUGUCGGCGGCAGGAAUGACGUGAUGGAAUGCCCACACGACGCGCAGCUGUUCGAUCCCAACAAUACAGCCACCGCCAAUUUCCUCGAGAGCCUUGCACAGUUUCAGAAGUUUGUACUUUCCGUCUUUUUUGAUUAUAAUGAAAGUUACAAACAAGUUUCUCCACAAAACCUGCCAAAACCGGUUCGAAUUUAGAAAAAGAGGAGCAAAUUAUUUUAAAAAAAAGGCUACUGUACUUUUUCUAUAAGUUUUUCGUGUUGUAGCGUGGUUUUUACACGCGAACCAAUUUUUUUCAAAUAAAUGUUUUUCUUCGCCUGGAAUUCCUCUUUUUUUCUUGUAGAUAGUUUUUUUCUAUUCAUUGAUUAGUGACAAUAAUUUUUUUCGUAUUCGGAGUUAAAGCGUAUUUAAAGUUAAAUUUUUUUUUAAAAUUUUUGCAAAACUUUAGUAAUAAUGUUUCACUCAACAUUUUUUUGAGGUCCAAUAACAAUAACUUAUUAAUUAAAACGUAGAAUCUAUGUAAUCUUUUAUUUUAUAACUAGAAUUUUUCCAACCUUCAGCUUGUUUCCUGGAUUUUGACAGAAUAGUUAUUUUCAGAGCCUACGCACCGAUCCACGGAUUUGUAUGCGUAGCACUAUGUGUGUUCGGCAUCCUGACGAACCUGGUGCACGUGGUGGUUCUGUCGAGGCCGUCGAUGCGCAACUCGGCUGUCAACUGCAUCUUGACCGCCGUCGCCGUCUGCGACAUCGGCACGAUGGCCUCCUAUCUCGUCUACAUCAUCCAUUUCGUUCUCCAAAGACGCAAUCCUUGGUUUGUUACUUCUUUCAAUCAAAUUAUGUCAAAUUAUUUUUGGAUUAACUAGUUAAAUAAUCAUCUUCUAAUCUUUUCAUAGUUUCAAAUAAAUAAAUUAUUAGUUCCCUAUCAGUCCUCUGUAGUCUUAUCUAUGUGAUUCUCAUAGAAAGGAUUUUUUCCUCUUAUUUUUUCCGAAUUGCGUGACUGCGUUAGUGUUUUUUAUCACCUCGGCCCUUUCGCUCAGCUGUCCAAUUUCUCCCAGUUUCCAUCGUUUUCCGUUGUUGUGAGCGAUGUACGCUAAUUUUUGAGUUUGAACAAUGCAAAACAACCACAGCCUCAUUGUUUGCCAUUCCAAUGAAUUGGAGAACUUGUAGAUUUGAGGGGAAUUUCGACACCGCCGUCUAGAAAAUUUCAAUAUUUUUUGAACAGUUCUUCGUUAAUUAGAUACUGAAAAUAAUAGAGGCGGUACUCGAUUGAAAUGAGAUUAUAUCAAAUUUGAAAAUCAUCAAGAUUGUAUUUAUGAAGUACUUCAUUUGGAGUUGUGUAUUCAAAACAUCUGAGAUUUCUCUGAAGAUAAUAAGAAAGAAGGUUCAGACCAGUUCGAAAAAAAAACGAAUAAAGUCAAUAUUAAAGUUCAUCGACGUUCACUCACGCCUGGCUGCAAUUCCUACUGUGGCACGUGGUUCUCAGCAUCACUCUGCACACGACGUCGCUGUGGCUCGCCGUCGCGAUGGCGUUCAUCAGAAGAAUGGCUCUUCGAGUUGCCGUUCUCAACAGGUAUUCGACAGAAGUUUUCUGCUACAAGAAAUCCCUAUAUUCAGAGUUAUUUCUCAUGAAAAAAUUCCACGCUGCUUCGCGCAAUUUAUUUCAAGUUUGAUAAGAUUCGAGUCGUUCCAAUCGCGACCAAUGAUUUGAAAGAGACUAUUUUGAUAUUCCGUUGGCUUUUCUUUUCACGUACUACUCUGUUUUUCUCUAAAAACCAAAUUCUUUCAAUUCCAAAGAACAUUUUUAUUUUCUUUCGCUUUUCAGAAAUGACAUAUUUGUUGCAAAUUCAAGUGGAUGUUAGUAUAGUAUCCUGCAAAUCUUUAUAAGGCAGAAGUCUGUAUUCCAAACUAAACACCUUCCUAUGAUUGUGUGUUAGAUUUCCAGUAACCAGUUAUUAUCCACCUGGGUUCACCUAGAAGACUGAAAUUAGAACUGCCAACCAGGUGGAUGGUUCUACGAAUGAAUUAAAUUUGAAAAGGGUUCUCGGUUCAGAAUAAUUAUAAGCACACCUGUUAUUCUUUAGAACUUUUGAACCUUUUGUCUUCAGUUUUUUUUUCUUUUCUGGGAAUUUUUAUUGAAGUGAAGAACAUUUGAAAGAUGGUUUCCAAUUGAGAACAUAUUCCAGCCAUUGGCAACGUCCGAUGUUUGCCUGGAAGUUGUGCCUGGCGAUCUACGUCAUCGUCUUUAUUUUGUGUAUUCCAAACAUGCUUGUGCACGAGAUAGAACCAGUCGCAGGCUAUAAAUGGAUUCCCUCUGAAAAGUUCGUCUUCCUCAAAGAAACGGAAUAUUUUUGAACACUUUUUCAGGUGUAAAAACUUCCCAGUUGGUUAUAGCGAGUUACAGUACACUUUCAAAGUGAGUCGGGUGGCUACCGCCAACAACUGUAGGCUUUUCAAGUGGAACAUCUGGAUGAUCGGAAUCUUGUUCAAGGUAGGGAAGAAAGGAUCUACUUUCAAAGUGGGUUUUACAGGUGAUUCCUUGUAUUUUGCUGGUUAUUCUGUCCGUUGGUCUCGUUAUGAAGAUCCGAGAUGCGGAGAGACAUCGAAGGAAACUCAUCAAUAUGGCCUCGAACAACUCAGUGGACAACAAACAGAAAAAGUUGGUUCUUCUUUCCGAGUAUCGAUAAAAAUUCCAAUCUUCAGAAAGAACACGACUCCAGAUCGAACGACGACCAUGUUGGUAGUCAUUCUUGUCGUAUUUCUCAUCACGGAGUUGCCGCAGGGCAUAAUUUCCAUCUUAUGUGCAAUUUUUACGGCCGACGUUCACAGGUUGGUCUUUUUCCCUUAAAAAAGGGUCUACUAUCUGAAUAAAUAACCUGUAUAUGGAAAGUUUCUCGUUUACAACCUUUUAAAGUUUGCUUUUUACAAAAAAAUUUGUUCAAAUAUUUUCAAAAGAUACUUAAAACUUUUUCUCUCACAAAAGUUCAUUAUUAAUCUUAUUUGUGGAUGUUGAGUAGAGCUCAACUUGAUUUACAGUAUCUGCGACUCUAAUUGCAAUACUACCUGAUUUUAGCAGUUAUUAGUUAUCCCACAAUUCGGAAAAUAGUUCUCGGCUUAAAAAGUUGGGAAGGUUUUCGUUCAGGUAUCUUUACUUCCAUCUGGGCGAUAUUCUCGACUUGCUAUCUUUGUUGAAUUCUUGUGUCAAUUUCGUCCUUUAUUGCGUGAUGUCAUCUCGGUACAGAUAUACCUUCUGGACAGUUAUAAUGCCGACUCGGGCGUACGGGUGAGAGUGUUCGUUUUCGAAAAAGGAAUCAUAUAUUUUUUGCAGGUUUUGGAUGAAACAGGCGACGACGCCGACGCAGAUGUCGCAGAUGCAACAGCGGAGUAGCGUUCGUUUGAGGUAAUUGGAGAAGUCUCGAAAGUCUCAGAACUUUUCAGAAAAACUCUUAUCUAAACUUGGGAAAUAGGAAAAAGCGUGGUACAAUCUAAACUAUUUUCAUUCUCUUCAGAAAUCGCAGUUAUGCGCCGCUGGCGACGGAAAUGGACGAGGCUGCGGCUCAAGAAUCGCCGAGUCCUUCUGAAAGCACGAGCCAGCAGGUCCACCAGCUCUGAUCUUUUUCUACGGGUCACUGGGGUCGCUCAUCCUCGCGGGUUCUUCUCUCCACUUCUUUACAUCACCAAAUUCUUUUUGUCUAGUUCGAUCUGAUCUCUGUACCCAUUUUCAUGCAUAUUGGAUAAAUCUUUAUUUUAAAACUGCGAUGGAUUUUUUUCAAAACUAAAAUUUACAAAUGUAGUGAUAAGCAUGACUUAUUUCCUUUUUAAAUUAACUUUUUUUUUAAAUUUCUGACUGCCCUCAGCAUUAAUUUCUUUUUUGAGCGAAAUUUCCAGUAAUUUACCUCAUUCUCAUAGGUACGUCAGCCACGUUCUGCAACUUUCAAAAUAUCUAACGAAGAACUCAAUAUAAAAGAAAAACAACGCAAACGGCGUGCUCCACUCCGAGCGAGCGAUCAUUCCAAAACUCAUUUGCUUCAAAAACCGUGAUGUCGAAGAGAUCGGAAGUCAAAGCACCAGGUACUCCUGCCGCAGAGCAACUGGCGACGCCAGUGGAAGGCGUCCGCAACUUCCACGUUUGUUCUUCUGGAUCGCAUUCAACUGGAAAGUCUUUUUUUCUGCAGACCGACUUUGUGGCCUGGCUCUACAAGCCCCACGGCGAGUGCUACGACACCAACGUGGCAAAGUUCGAGCAGGCGACUCAGCUGAAGCGAGAAAACGCCGCCUACGGACUCUUGGUCAUCUACGCCAUCUAUCUGAUCUUCGGCAAGGGCGCCCAGUUUCUCUGCAAUAUCACUGGAUUCGCCUAUCCAGCCUACGUCUCAGUCAAGGUUUGGAUUUGUCCUUUUUUGGUUUUAACCAAAGUUUUUAAGGCGAUCAGGACGGAGGAAACUGCUGAUGACACUCAGUGGCUGACCUACUGGACCGUCUUCGCCACUUUUUCUCUCAUCGACACGACGAUCUUGACUUUCGUCCCCGUCUACUGGCUUCUCAAGGUUAACUUUAGUAAUUUGAAUUUGCAAAUUGGAAAAAAAUAAAAUCAGGACUAAAACAUGUUGAUCUAUUCUGGAACUGGAAAAUGGAGCUCAAAUGAAGCGUUUCAGGUGGUUUUCCUGGUCUACCUGUACCUGCCGCAGACGAACGGAGCUCGCUUGGUCUACGUAAAGGUCAUCGACCCCUUGGUCACGUUCAUCGACAAGAAAAGCGCAUAA